AUGCAGAUAUCAGAUGUUAUAUUGUUGGGCAACCAAGUCAUCCUUUAUGAAGCAAGGCACUUGAUAUGUUGUCUGGUUUCAGGUUGUGAUGAAGGUGACUUGCAGGAUGGGGAUGGAUCUUUGUGGGGUGGUUCUGAUGAGGAAUUUGAUAAAUCAUCUGAUUUGGACAGAGAAUGGCAGAAGAGGCGUGAUCAAUUCCACACUAUUGGAUACCGUGAUGGCCUUAUAGCAGGGAAAGAAGCUUCUUCACAAGAGGGAUUUAAUAUUGGCUUUAAGCAAUCUUUUUUCUCUGGAUACAAUUGGGGUCUUGUUAGAGGUGUAACCAGUGCAUUUGCUGCCCUUCCCAAUGAGUUGAAAGAGGUGUUGGUUGAAACACAAGAAAACAGAAACAAGUUUCAGGGUUUGUACGAAUCAGUGCAUUCUCUUUCUACAACUGAUGCGCUUAAAUUGUAUCAUGAUGAUUUAGUGGCAAGCAAAGCAGUGGUACAUAGUGAUAAUGCCGAAGUUAGCUCCAAUGUAGCAGGCUUACAAGAGCAAAGUUCAGGGUGCAGCCCUCUGGAAAAUCGCUUUGUAGAGCUUCAAUCACUUCUUCUUGAAACUCCUGUGGUGCAAGUACAUUUAGCCGCUGUACGCAAAUAGUUGGUGUCCAUACUUUUCUGUAUAACUCAUUUGUGAAAUAAUACUUUUAAUGGAAAAUAAUAUGUAGUGGAAGUAAUCUGCCUAUAAUUAUGGCAGCGAAUUUUGUAGUACUAGAAUCGUAUCAUUUCAAAGAAAGAUAUAUUUAAUAUGG